AUGGCAACGCAGAUAAACACACAGCAAAAGGAUUGUCGUCCUCCACCCCCAAAUUUUCCUCCUGCUUUUUGGGGCUAUAGCCUGGCUGCAUUUUCCUUACCCGGCCCUGAUAUUGAUCCGAAGGAAAUCGAAGAGCUAAAAGAAAAAACAAAGGGGAUGCUUAUGACCUCCACAAAGGAUUUACUCCAAAAUAUUGAGUUCAUCAACUUAUUAUGCCGCCUUGGCCUAUCAUAUCAUUUUGAAAGUGAAAUUGACGAACAAUUAUCUCAAAUUUUCAGCAACCUUAACCACCAUGAUUUCUCUGAUGAUCUCUAUACUACGGCACUAUUAUUUCAAAUUUUAAGACAACAUGGAUAUAAUGUAUCUUCUGAUGUCUUCAAAAAAUUUAAAGACAGUGAUGGAAAUUUCAAGAAAAUGAAGAGUAAAGAUUCAAGAGGCGUUGUGAGUCUGUACGAAGCCACAUUUCUAUGCAUGCAUGGAGAAGAAGAUAUUCUUGAGGAAGCGCGAUCUUUCGCAAGGCCAUUGCUGGAGUCGCUGGCAACAGAAUCAGACCCUCAACUCGCACGAUACGUUAAGAAUGCCUUGAGAGCGCCUUUCCACAGAGGACUUCCGAGACUAGAGGCUAGGAAAUACAUAUGUUUCUACGAACAACAAGAGACUCAUAAUGAAACUCUACUCAAGUUCGCAAAGCUAGAUUUUAAUCGUAUCCAGUUGAUUCAUCGACAAGAGAUAGUCUUCCUUUCAAAGUGGUGGGAAGACCUUAAUAGCGAAAAACAAUUUCCUUACGCAAGAUGGGACAAAGUCGUAGAAGGAUAUAUGGUAGGAGUUGGGGUACAUUUCGAGCCUCAAUUUGCUCUCGCUCGCAUACUCGUGGCCCAGUUCAUACAGCUUGUAGCACUGCUAGAUGAUACGUACGAUGCGUAUGGUACGCUUGAAGAACUACAAUGCCUUACAAAUGCAUUUGAGAGGUUCACCAUGGAUGCUGUUGAUGAGAUACCUUCAGAUCAUACCAAGGCUAUAUAUAGGGAAUGCGUAAAAUUUAUUGAGGAUAUGGAGAAGGAUGCUAUCGAGGAAGGGAGAUCUUAUAUUAUGAAUCACAUUAAAGAAAAAUUCAAAGAACUGGUGAGAGGAUACCAAGUCGAAGCGCAAUGGUAUCAUGGUAGAUUUGUGCCGUCAUUCGAUGAAUAUAUGCAAAUUGCAUUAACUACGUGCACUUUUGCUGUAAUUACGGCAGUUGCCUUCAUUGGAAUGGACAAAAGUGCAGGAGCUAAAGAAUAUGAAUGGCUAGAUACUAAUCCCAAAAUUGUUCAGGCCUCAAAAGUGCCCGGACGUCUUGCAAAUGACAUAGUUGCACGUGAGGACGAACUAAAGAUGGGACACUGUUUAGCUUGGGAUUGCUACAUGAAAGAAUAUGGAGUGUCAAAAGAGGAGGCGAUAGAAGAGAUGAAGAAGUUGGUGGAAGAUGCAUGGAAGGAUAUGAAUAAAGAAAUCAUGAAGCCUAACCAUGUAACAAUGCCUCUUCUAAUGACUAGUGUAAACCUUGGUCGCGUAAUGGAUAUAGUUUACACUGAUUGUCAAGAAGGAUUCACCUAUUCAUUAAAUUCCGAAGAUGUCGUCCGCCAAUUGUUCCUUGAACAACUACCGUUCUGAGGGGUUUCUCCCGUAUUUCUUUCUCCGGGGCGAGCAUUUUUUCUAUCAUACGCGACUGAAUAAUUGGUGUAAACCCCACUGAUCGAGCUGCUUUUUACCCUCUUUGUUUCUAUGGUGUGUGUGUUCCAAAUAAAAUUGUUGCUUGUAAUUGAUUUGUUCUUUUGUAAUAACUUAUAUCUAUGAAGAUCAUAAGGGGAUCAAAUGUGCUUUAACUCCAAUGUUUAGAGAUACCAUUUUUCAUUUAUUGUAUCCUUUUUUUCCUUCUUGAUGAAUAAAAGUUCUACUUAUAAAUUCUGUAA